AUGUUUUCUCCUCGUCGCCUCCGGCUUUACUUGAUUUCCGCCGUGAUACUCGUUUGUUUCAUACUAUAUUUCACUGGAGAUGUCCGGCGCACGCAGGCGUUAAGAGCUGCCGGUACAUCGCAACCGGGGAAAUCAAAUCCCAAUUUGAAGGGCUCAUCAGGGAGUUAUGGAAAUGAUAAAGACAACGAUGGCGGCGUCUUUGAUAAAUUGAAGCCUGGUUCUCUGCGGUCCGGAGACAAGCAGAAGCCAGUCAAGGUAGAAGAACCAGAGCAGACGCCGACUUCAGCCAAGAAAGAGAAAGGGAAAGGGAAAGACGAAGAAGAAGCUACAGAUGAUGCGAAGAGCGAAGACGACAUUGUCAACGAAGAGAUGAAUACCAUCUUAAAGAGAUCCCCAAUUAUAAUAUUCUCCAAGUCAUAUUGCCCUUACAGUAAGAAGGCAAAGUAUUUCAUGCUGGAGAAGUAUAAUAUCACUCCCGCUCCCUUCGUGGUUGAGCUGGAUGAGCAUCCGCUAGGCAGGCAGCUGCAGGAUCUGCUAGGGACCAACACUGGCCGCAGGACAGUGCCCAACAUCCUUGUCAACGGCAAGACUAUAGGCGGCGGAGACGACAUCGAAGCCUUGUACCUGUCUGGUGAGCUGGGGACGAAGCUGCAGGCUCUGGGCGGGAAGAGAGUGACAGCGGUCGGCAUCAAUCGAUAUCAAUCAAUAUCAAUCAAUAUCAACUUCGUCGCCUUCUUCUCAUUCCCAAAAGGGAAACACAUCACCGACCGCAAAACUUCCAAAGCGAAACUUCGAAAAGUCAACGAAGCGAAAAAGAACGACGAAGCGCAUCAACGUCGACAAACCACCUUCAACUCUCCCGUUUCGCCCUCGGUCAGCUUCUUCACAGGCGGAGUCAAGAUGCUCUACAUACACUCCCAGGAGACUCUGCAGAUCCCAGAGAAUGUGAACCUUCACAUUCGAUCCCGUAUCGUUACGGUUGAGGGACCACGAGCAUGCACUUACACUGGUUUCAAUGAUGCAGGAAAGUUGGUCAAGGACCUCUCCCACCUUUCGGUCUGCUUCAGCCGCCCAAAGAAGGACACCAUUGCCAUCGAGGUUCACCAUGGAGGACGUAAGGCCGUUGCUACUCUCCGCACUGUCCGGACCAUCAUCAACAACUUGAUCAUCGGCGUCACCCGCGGGUUCAAGUACAAGAUGCGCUACGUCUACGCCCAUUUCCCCAUCAACGUCAACAUUGAGACCAACAAGGAGACCGGUGCCGUCGAGCUCGAGAUCCGUAACUUCUUGGGUGAGAAGGUUGUCCGUCGCGUUGUCUGCCAGAAGGGUGUCGAGGUUGUCGCUUCCUCCAACGUCAAGGAUGAGAUUGUUCUCUCCGGAAACUCCGUCGAGAGUGUAUCACAGAGUGCUGCCGAUAUACAACAGAUUUGCCGUGUCAGAAAUAAGGAUAUCCGAAAGUUCCUUGACGGAAUAUACGUCUCGGAGAAGGGAAACAUUGUCGAAGAAGAGUAA